AUGGGCACUUCCUCCUCGCACCCAAUUUUUUUGGCUCUCAACGAGCUGCUUCUAACAAAAGACUUAAAGAUAAAGAAGGGAACUUUACAAAGAUUCCUAGAGGAAUGUGAUGUCGUGGCCCCAUGGUUUGCUGUUUCCGGGAGUCUCACAGUGUCCUCCUGGGAAAAAUUGGGACGAGACUUGGACUUUGCAGCAGAACAGGGGACACUGAAACCGGGGGUGAGACCAGUUUGGAGAUUAGUAUGUGGCUGCUUAGAGGAUCAGCGUUGUAGCAAUGCAUUGGAAAGCAUACAAGCCACGCUAGAGCAGUUACAAGAGGAAAGAUCAGAAAAAGCGGGGUCUGAAAAGGCGGAGUCUGAAAAAUCCAAGGGCAAGGAGGUAGAGUCUCUAGUUAGAUCAUUACAAAAGGUAAAGAUAAAAAACAAGGUGAGAAAGAAAGACAAAAGAAAAGGGGAUUAUGGGUCCAUAAUCCCCUCCGCUCCUCCCCCUUACCCUGAGGCUGCGGCGGCUCCCGGAGCAUCGCUGGUCAGCAGCAGCCUUCAUCCACAGCUGUGGAGGGAGGUUAGAAGAGAGAUGCAGGUGGCUUGUCCUGUUUUUGUAGAUAAUCAGAAUCAAAGAUAUCAUGAACCUUUGGAUUUUAAAUUUGUCAAGUCUAUAGCUGAGUCUGUGAAAAGUUACAGCGUUACCGCUGCAUUUACACUUACUCAGAUUGAGACUCUGCAAAGACAAUGCAUGACUGCCUCAGAUUGGAUGAAUCUUGCCCGUGCCUGCCUUAGUCCAGGCCAGUAUUUAGACUGGAAGGCCUUCUUUAUUGAAUUUGCUAAUGAGCAGGCGGCGGCAAACCACAACACAGGCCUGCAAUGGGAUGCUGAUAUGCUGCUUGGUCUGGGCAGAUAUGUCAAUCAACAGACUACCUAUCCUCCUAAUGUAUAUACUCAAAUUAAUCAAAUAGCCAUUAGAGCCUGGAAAUCUUUGCCUAACAAAGGUGAAGUGAGUGGCAAUUUGACCAAGAUACUCCAAGGUCCCAUGGAGCCCUUUUCAGAUUUUGUGGCCCGUUUGAUAGAGGCUGCUGGUAGAAUUUUUGGGGACACAGAUGCCUCAAUGCCCCUGAUAAAGCAGCUAAUAUAUGAGCAGUGUACAAAGGAGUGCAGGGCCGCCAUCACCCCAUAUAAGGCCAGGGGGUUGGAAGCCUGGAUGAAGGCUUGCCGGGAAUUAGGAGGACCUCUGACCAAUGCAGGUCUGGCAGCUGCAGUCCUUCAGCUUACCCAGAGAAAAGAGAGUAAUACUCAAAAUGCUUGUUUUAAAUGCGGGAAGAGAGGACAUAUAAGACACAACUGCCCACUAGGGGUGGGUAGUAAACAGGAACAAGGAAGUAGCCAGCGCUGCAUUCAGCCAGGACUCUGCCCAAAAUGCAGAAAGGGGAGACAUUGGGCCAAUGAAUGUUGGUCCGUUAAAGAUAUAAACGGGCAACCCAUUGCGGUCGACAGCUUUCCAAAAAACGGCCAGCGGGGCCCACGCUCCCAGGGCCCUCAAAUAUAUGGGGCGAUGGAGACCCCGAGACAGGACUCCCCUCCGGAGCAGUGGCCCUCCCUUCGACAUCCCAAGCACCGCGGAGAGCCAAUGCGGGCUCAGCAGGAUUGGACCUCCGUGCCACCACCAGACUCGUACUAA